CUCUACAAGGAUGCCCACGAGAACCCUAAGAUGCGUCUUCACCACGGUGACUUGACGGAUUCGACCUGCUUGGUUCACAUCAUCUCCAAGGUCCUCCCCACUGAGAUCUACAACUUGGGUGCUCAGUCCCACGUCAAGGUCUCGUUCGACAUGUCCGAGUACACUGCCGAUGUCGAUGCUGUCGGAACCCUCCGUCUGCUCGAUGCCAUCCGUACCUGCGGUCUUGCCCACCUCGUUCGGUUCUACCAGGCCUCCACUUCUGAGUUGUACGGAAAGGUUCAGGAGGUCCCCCAGAGCGAGACCACUCCCUUCUACCCUCGCUCGCCCUAUGGUGUGGCCAAGAUGUACGCCUACUGGAUCACGAUCAACUACCGCGAGGCCUACAACAUGUACGCCUGCAACGGAAUCCUCUUCAACCACGAGUCCCCCCGCCGUGGCCGCACCUUUGUCACCCGCAAGAUCACCUGCGCCGUGGCGGCGAUCCAUCUCGGCAAGCAGGAGUGCCUCUAUCUUGGAAACUUGGAUGCCCAGCGUGAUUGGGGUCACGCUCGCGACUAUGUUGAGGGCAUGUGGAGGAUGCUCCAGCAGGAGAGUCCCGAGGACUUUGUCCUGGCCACGGGAGAGAUGCACACUGUCCGUGAGUUUGUCGAGAAGUCCUUCAAGGCCACGGGCAAGACGAUCCGUUGGGAGGGCUCUGCGGAGGAGGAGGUCGGUAUCGAUGAGGAGGGCAAGAUCCGCGUCCGGGUCGACCCCGCUUACUACCGUCCUACCGAGGUCGAGCAGCUCCUGGGUAACCCUGCGAAGGCCAACGCCAAGCUCGGCUGGAAGCGCACGGUCGAUUUCGAUUCCUUGGUUGAGGACAUGAUCAAGUCGGACUUGGUCGGUGUUGCUGCGGGCGAUGUCUUUAACUAGAGUUGUUAUCUAACCCAUCCAGUUUUGUAUUUCUAUAUAUAUGUUAUUUUUUCUUGGUAUGGAUAUGAACUCUUUUGCCCACAUACACACACUACUCAUACCCUUUUGUCGUUGAUCAGCACUCAAUAGUACUUUCAAUCUUCAUCGCAAAAUUUCCUCACAAUAAAAAAAAA